AUGGACCUCUCCUCCUCCUCCUCUCCUCCUCCUCCUCGUGGAGAGCGGAGUCCGUGCUCAUCUCUGUGGGCUUCACGCUCAUCUUCCUCGUGGGCACGGUGGGGAACUCUCUGGUGCGCGUGCUCUUUCGUAACGGACAGAAGACCACCAACCUGUUCAUCCUGAACCUCGGGAUAGCGGACCUGUGCUUCAUCGUGUUCUGCGUGCCCUUCCAGGCCACCAUCUACACUCUGGACCAGUGGGUGUUCGGCGCCGUGGUGUGUAAAGUCGUUCACUUCAUCAUUUAUCUCACCAUGUACGCGAGCAUCUUCACGCUGACCGCUGUCUCCGUGGACAGGUACUUGGCCAUCUGCUACCCGCUCCGCUCCAGACAGAUGAGGACGCCAAAGAACGCCAUUGCCUCCAUCGUGCUGCUCUGGCUCUUGGCGUUGCUGUUCUCCGCUCCGUACCUCAGUUACUUCACUCAGAUGGAGCUUGCGGGCGCCGUGCUGUGCAUCCCGGCCUGGGAGUCCAAACCACGCUUCGUCAUGGACGUGUGCACAUUCGUCUUCGGCUACCUCGUCCCCAUCCUGGUGCUCGGCCUCACCUACGCCCGCACCGUCCGCCACCUGUGGACGAGCGUGGACCCCGUGAAGGACGCGUCAGAGUCGCGGCGAGCCAAGCGCAAGGUCACCAAGAUGAUCGUGGUCGUGGCCGCUCUCUUCUGCGUCUGCUGGCUGCCUCACCACCUCGUCGUCCUCUGCAUGUGGUCCGGCCGCUUCCCGCUCAACCACGCCACCUACGUCCUGCGGAUCCUCUCGCACCUGCUGGCGUACGCCAACUCCUGCCUCAACCCCGUCGUGUACGCGCUCGUCUCCAAGCACUUCAGGAAAGGCUUCAGGAAGGUGUUCACCUGCUCGCCGAGGACGAGGGACGCCGUCAACAAGGUGCACGCGGUGCAGCCGGUGAACACGGCGAGCAGUGAGGAGACGUCCAAGUAAAGACGACGACCUUUGACCUUUAAGAAGA